AGGGCAGCUACUUUAAGGAAUCUAUAAUAUAAAACAUGUUUAAAGUUCUUUUACAAAUGUUUGUUUGCUACAUAAUUGUAUAUGUGCUCAUUAACAGUUUUGACGCCUUCAGUGAGAAUCUACGUACAAUGUAAAUAGUCCUAAACAUAAAGGAAACCAUUAAAUGAGAAAGGGGUUCUAAAACUUUAACCGGUUGUGUACAUAUACGUACCUAUACAUUUCACAAAUCAUCCUUCAUACAUCCAUUGAUGGAGGAGUGAAUGUGUGGAUGAAUAGAAAGUAACACUUGCUUGAAAGGACCACAAACAAAUGAAGACUUAGUUUCAGAUUAGUUCCACGUUCGUUUCACGAGUAGGUAAACAGUAACCAAGGAUUUCCUCCCCAGCUGGGUACUAAUGUACUAGUAAUGAUUUAUUUGUUUUUAAAAAAAUGAUUAACAUUAGUUCAUUAUGAGGUCAUAAUGAACUGACAGUUAGUCCCUGAUUAGUUCCCUAUUAAUUUCCCCAUUUAACAGAACAACUUUCUGUGGCCCUUACUAGGAAGUCUUAACAGUCGUACAUACAUAUAUACAUACAUACAGAAGCACGCUGAGUCUAAUUUGACAGUAAAACUGCCAUUUCUUCUUUAAUCUACAUUUACUUCAAUGUGUUGGCUGUAACAUGUGCCCCCACGAUUGGGAAGAGAUUGUUUUAUGGUGUUUUAAACAAAGGGUUAGUCUCUGGCCCUUGUGUUAACAUUCAUUCUUGCAUACAUACAUAUUUAUUUCACUGUUGUCUGUACCAUGUAACGUUGGACCUCAGCAGAGAUCACGUAUUUCUUGUUUUAAACAUCAAAGAACUUGAAGCAUUGUAAAAAUUCGCCCUCUAAAACACAGAAAAUCCAGAAAAGACAAUUGAUGUGCUUAAAUCUCGCAAUCUUUCAUUUAAUUUUCUUCCAGCUUUUAGCUUUUAAUAGGGUGCAAGAUGCCCUCCAUACAAGCUUCACACAAUAGUUUGCUGGGAUUUCUCUUGACAGGACCACUAAAACUAAGUCAGCUUUGAAUGCUGCCUUGUCUAAAGAUGUUAUGUUGUUCUUUCCUCAUGAUGCCAUCUGUUUUGUGACGUGCACCACUCUUUCCCGCAGCAAAACAUGAUGCUGCCACCCUCACAAUUGGGAUGGUGUUCUCAGGCUUGCAAGCUACCCCUUUUCCUUCAAAUAUAGCAAUGAUCGCUCCGGUAUAAACUUCAAUCUUACAUUCAUGUGACAAUGGGACAUGUUUCCAAAAUGUGUGAAUAGUUUCCUGUAUCUAUUUCCAAAUUGGAUUCUGCUUUUUUAUGGUACUUUUGGAAUGUUGGCUUCUUCCUCUCUGGUUUGAUACAGGUCUCUGUCAGGAUCUGUGCCAUGUCUGUCUGUUUUGGUGCUAUUUCUGUUCUUAGCCUCUAGAUUGCGUUUUGAACCGGAGGAGAGGUGACAGGUGUUCUCUAUCUCCUUGAUUAUUUGCUGAGGAGUAUUUAAAGAGGAGGCUGCCAGCAACUCACUGCCAGAGUGUUGCCCAUUGUGGUACAGCACAAGCCACAUUACUUUGCCUUUGCCUUGACCUUGCUUUGCUCUUUUGUAAUUUUGGAUUUGUGGCCUUGCAGGUUACCUGAACCUGACUUUACCUUCAGCAUCGAACUCUGCCUGGAUACCGUUUUCUGGAAAGAAGCUAUCCAACCCCACGAAUCAAGACUCAAGCCUCCUGUUUCCUCAUUGGAUCAAACCAGCUGGCAGUCUCCUGAUUCCUUCAUUCCAUGGACCUACCUCUGUGAACCCUGUCCACCCUCCUCCUCCCAUUGCACCAACUACAGAAACUCUUGGACCAUCAUCAUCCUGGCACACCAGUGUUCACUUUCUCUGGUCCCACGGGUCAACAACCUCCUGAUCUCUCCACCCCCCUCUGGCGGAUCUCUCCCUCAAAUCAGUAAGGCAGAAAUAUCUCUUGUGAAUAUAGGUCCAGAGUUUCCCCUGGCUUAUAGUUCUGUUUAUUUUACAGUUGGUGUCCUGGUUCCAGUCUAUUACACAUAUCUACAUACUGUCAAUAAACUUCUUACCGUUAAAACUCUGUCUCCUGAAUUGCUUUCUGCAUGUGGGUCAAAUCCGUUCGAAACAUUAUGACACCUGCCUACUGUCCCGCCUUCCUGUGCCAUUCUUACUGCUAACUUUUAACUUUGGUUAUGUGGCUAAGAAAAGAUCUAGUCAAAAACUGAACUUGGAGCAGAAACAAAGGUAUUUCAAGAGGCUUUACAUCUCAUCUACACAUACCGCUAGGUAAUGGAAUCAGCAUAAGUGGAUGUUACCUGGGGCAACCGUGGUGAUGUGGUUCAUCUUGUAACCAGUGGGUUGCUAGUUCGAGCCCCCGCUAUGUCUGUCUUGGUGUGUCCUUGGUCAAGACACUUCACCCGACUUGCAUGCUGAUGGUCGUUGGAGGGCUCGGUGGCACCGAUGUAUGGCAGCCUCGUGUCUGUCAGUCUGCCCCCGGACAACUGUGGCUACAAUGUAGUGUGAAGCGCUUUGGGGUCUCUGGGGACUUGAUAAAGCGCUAUACGAGUACAGGCCAUUCACCAUUUAUACCUUUUGGUUUCAAAGAGUUCUUGGCAGGUAAAAGUGUGAGGAUCUCAGACACACCCUGGUCCUCACAACAGUAGUGUUUUUUUCCAUCCUGUGUCGUUCUGAAGGAAGCAGGAUAGUUGCCUCAUUUUAGGGCGUUUUCACACCUGACGUGUUUAGUGCGUUUAAAGUGAACUCUGGUUUGUUUCUCCCCUUGGUGCGGUUCGUUUGUGUAGAUGUGAACAUAACAACCGAACUAGGGUGCAGACCAACAUAACCAUGCCGAGAUCGUUUGGAGAAGGUGGUCUCGGUUCUACAGGAACUUAAAACUGUGACUGUGGUACGACCUCGAUCCGACACAGCUACCAGGUAAACACCGCAACACUGCAACUGCAGCCAUAGCCAGGUUUGCAUUGCAUUAUGGGAUGCAGAGGAGUAAAUGAACUAAUAAACAAUGGCGUUGCAUCUUUAUCAUAAAAGAUAAAACCCAAUGCAGCUUUAAAGACGUCUUCUUAAACAAAUUAGGUAUACUUCUCAGAUAAUGUCGCAUGCAAUAGCACCAAGUAACAAACAAUAUCAAGAAAUUCUCCAUGUUUCCACUAGCUCAGAACAUAGUAUCUGCUUCCUGGGGGGUCCCCAUCCCCACUUUGGCAACCCCUGCUCUUAAUCAUUGUAGAUCUGAAAGAUAUAAAGGGGUUUUGCACAUUAUUAAAAGAAAAAGCAUACAGUUUCUUGAUUUUGGGAAGCGAUUUAUAUUUAUUGGCUGAAAUAAAAAUCAGCAAACAGAACCAGAUUUGGGACACAAAAGACAAAUUAUGUGAGUUGUACUUAAAAUUUUCCAUGUCAAGAACAUUCUUAAUUGUAAGUGAAAGUCUUUUAAAAGUUUGUCUGCAUUACUCAUGUAUUACAUCACCAUGUAUUGACAGGCAUCUUAAAGAACAUAUUGUUACAGCCUUAUAGUCAUAAACAUUGCAUUUUGACAAUUGAUUGAGCACAGAUGGUUUCUUUACACUACACUCUCAUCACUAAAAUCGUAAUUAACUUUUCAUGUUGCUCAGUGUAAGUUUAGAAUCCAGGGACCUCAAAAAAUAAUAUUUAAGCCCAAAUUAAAAAGCAUGGCAAAGAAAUGUGUAAGGAGAAGUUUUAAAUUCUUUGGAUAACUGCUCAUAUUUUGAUUUAAAUACGGUUUUCUGAUACUCUCACAGUAAUAGGAAUUUAUUUUUAUUUAAUAACCACUGCAGGCCUUUGAUGUAUGUGGGUGGGACUAAUUGUUGCCAGGAAACAAGAACUGACCAUCUAUUCUAUGACAUCAUUGCUUGUGUUCCUCCAUGACAUCAUCACCAGUGACUUUGAUGACCUUAAAAUCUACAGGCAUCAAGUGAUUCCAGUUCUCGUGAACCCUUGUAGCGAAUGCGUCUCUUGAGUGACUUCCUUGCGUCUAGAGAAACACUGUUUUUCAAAGAGUGAAGACAAAUCAGUCCAGUCAUCAUUCAAAGAAGCUUUGUGUUGAAAACUAAGCUUUGUGCUCAAAACCUACCAACAGAUCUUUUAUCUAUGGAGUCUGUCAGCAGAUAUUCAGCUGUGGAAGCUACCUGCCGUCAGCUAGAAACACUGGAAUUUAUCAACUCCUCAAUCCGUGAUAACAAAUCUGGUGAGUUGAACUCUGUGCCCUCAGCUCCAGCCCCUGAUCAGAGGCCAGCGUCUCCCCCGAAGCCUGAAGACGCAAAAACACAUCCAAUUUUAAAACUUCUUCAAAGUAAGACAGCUGUUGAAGGAGGCAGUGCUGAUAAAAACACCAGAGCUACUGUCUUGGUGUCAGAGUUGGAGUUUCAUGCGGCCUUAAGCUCCAAAGAAGGGAAGAUCUCAGCACUUGAACAAAGAAAUGCCACAUUAUCAGAAAAUAUGAAUAUUCUCGUCGCACAGCUUCAGCAAAUGGAGUUAGUGCGCCAACAUGCCAACGAGACGGUGAGGCAGAUCAAGUUUGAGUUAGCUGAUGAAAGAAAUAAGGUGCAGGGAGCUGCAAUCUUCUUGCAACAAUUAGCUAGAGAAGGUGCAUCGGUCCACAAACAUGAGAACGACCAGGAGAAAAAGGCUUUGAGAGAUGAAGUGAUGAAGUUGACACAGAUAAUAGAAAAGCUGCAAACUGAGCAUGAAACUGAGGUUGCUGUUCUGUAUGAUGAGCGGAUUAAGACAAACAAAGACCGUCGAGAUGCCAUCAGAAGGGCCGACCAGCUGAAAGUAUCUCUGAUCUCAGAGAAGAACAAAACAGCAGAGACUGAGAUCUGUUUAGCCAAGCAGAUGGAAGAAACAUCUAAACUUCAAGCUGCUCUGGUCAAAAUGGAGAAAGAUUUGGAGGAACAAAGACAGCAGUGGGAGCAGGAAAAGGUCCGUCUCCUUACUAGUAACCAAGAAACAUCUGAGGUGGAAAAGCUGAAAUACCGUUUGGAGUCACAGAUGGUUGAGCAUGAAGAUGAGGUUGCUGUUUUGUAUAAUGAGCUGAUCAAAAGGAACGAGGACCGUCGAGAUGCCAUCAGAAAGGCCAACCAGCUGAAAGAAAACCUGGUUGAAGAGAAAAACAGAACAAGAGAGGCUGAGGACAGCUUAGUCCAGCAAAAGGAGGAAGCCUAUAACCUACAGGUUGCUCUGGUCCAAAUGGAGAAAGCUUUGGAGGAACAGCGACAGCAGUGGGAGCAGGAAAAAUCUCAUCAUCUAAGAACCAACCAACAGGAAAGAGAUGAGGUGGAGCAGCUGAAACAGCAGUUAGAGUUACAGAAAGCUGAGGCAGAACAGGAGAUUGCUGCUCUGCAUUUGGAGCAGGAGAAUAAAAACCAAUACCAUCAAGAUGCUGCAAGAAAAGUUAUGGAACUGGAAAUGACUCUGGUUGCUGAGAAGACCAGAACAAAGGAGGCUGAGAUCUGUUUAGCUGAACAAGUGCAGGAAACCUGGAAAAUAAAGGCUGCCUUGGUCAAAAUGGAACAAGACAUGGAGAACCAAAAACUGCUCUGGGCCCAGGAAAAAUCCAGUCUUCUGGAAGAGCAGCAGAAAACUGUCAGAAAUGUGGAAGCAGCUAUGAAAGAGGCUCUGGAGGUUCUGCAUAAUGAAAGGAAACAGUGGGAAACAGAGAAGUCCUGCCUUCUAGAGACAAUUGCAACAACAAAGGAGUCUCUGAAAGAGAUGGAGGGGGAGAGAAAAACCUCAACAGAGAGUCUGACGGAGAAACUGAAAGAUCUGCAGCAGGAGAUGGACACAUUACAAGAAAAAAAACUUAAAAAUAAAUCUUCCAGGAAAAGCAUCUUCAGUGUCUUUAAAAGCUCUAAAAAGGAUCAAUCUCAGUCAGAAACUACCACUGCUAAACCUCCUGAAACCCUCCAACCAAACCAAACUGACAAAAACACUUCCUGAACCCUCUUUUCCCCAAUUAGACCAUAAACUUUAUCUUUAACUUUCAACUGUCUACCUUGAACCCUGAACUUCCCAAACCUAAAUACAGACAGUUUUCAACUAUUUUCCCUGGACCCUUUCCUCCUGGAACCUUUUAAUUUAGCCUGACCAUUUCCACUGGGUGAGAGAGGACUUAGUGACAUUCAUAGAUCAGUCAUUGCCUGAGAGACGUUUCUUAAAGCAGAAUGAACCACAAACCCACAGCAGCAGUGAAAUCUAUGGUUCAUGAAGUGGUUGUGGAUUUUAUUUGUGCCUCAGAACACUAUGACUUUAAAUGACUAAUUUAUCCUCUCUUUCCCACUGAAGACUGUAAGGAGAUGUCAUUCAUUCCAACAAUUCAAAAUGCCUGGCACCCUCCCUCCACAAAAAUAUUUAAAUGUUUUUUUGUAAAUGAAAAAGUUCUGCCUCCCUAUCAGGGCCUUUUUCUGGGGUAGAUUUUGACCCUGAUAAUUUAUUUUCACCCUGGUAAAAAGAGUGGAGCUGCACGGUGGCACAGUUCUCAGGAGAUCUUUCUGCAUGGAGUUUGUAUGUUCUCACCGUGCAGCUGUGGGUUCUCUCCGGGUACUCCGGCUUCCUCCCACUAUUAAAAUAAUAUGCCUUUUAGAUAAUUUAGGUGUUUUGUCUCUGUAAAUAAUGAAUAAAUAAGUAAAUAAAUAAUAAAAAAUAACAGAAUUUUGUUUUUAUAAAA